GCCCUACAUGUUCCCAAAAUAGUAUGUUGUAACCAAAGAAAAAGGAAUGGUAACCCAUUGGUGUAAUGACCCACAAACUUAUAAUUGGGUUGCAGAAGAAGCAAGUAAUUAACCUGAAAAAAGAAUGGCAUUUUCUGCAUGGUUGUGGUGGGAGUAUGUAUUGUAUAGGGGAAGCACUCUCUAUGCUAUUUAAAACCCUUUUGUCUAUUAUUAUUAUUAUUUUCUCAAAUAUCAAUCUCCCUUACCAUUUUCUCCAAACCCAAAGUUUCCUUUAAUUUUUUUCUUUUCUAAAUUUGGUAGUAGGGGGCUAAAAUCUCCAACCCAAAUUCAUAUAAGUAAAACAGUUUGUCCAACAAAAGCAUUGAGUUGUUGAGAUCACACUCCCAUCCCAUGUAUGUCAGUUCUCAUUUUUCAAAGCUUUUAUCUUUCUCUCUCAUUGCAAAACCCAACCAGAGUUUUGAUUACCUACAAUUCCUCAGCCAUAGGAUUGUCAAGGCCUUCUAUUUGAUUUGAUUCCUUGUCUUUUAUUUAACACUGAAACAAAGUAAAAUCAUUUGAAGGGGUGCUGAAGGUGAAGAAUUCAAGAAGAUAUUCAGUUUUACUGAAAUUCUUGUAAUUUGGUCCCUGCCCUUUUGUUUGUUCUGGGUCUUGAGCCUAAUCAGGGUUUAGGGUUUUUCAGUGAAUUGAAUCUUACUGUUAUUAGUCGUUUUAAAUCUACCUAUAGUACAACAUGGGUCCCAAAUAGUUAUUGGAGGAGUUCUAUUUUUUCAAUAAAUAAGUCAUUUUUCUGUAGAAGUUCCGGCUUUGCUUCAAACAAAUGAUUUCACAGUAGUAAUAGAAAGAUGAAUUGAAUCAAACAAAGCUCAAAUUUUCUUAGGAAGGAAAGCUUAUUUUUGGUUAUUUUCUUAAUGGGUUUAUCUGGGUUUUUUCUCCUAUGUGUUCUCCACUCUUCAAUAGCUUUGACUUGUGGAGUUCUGAUGAUGUUCUAUGCGAACGAGUUCGCUGUGUUUGGCCAUGGAAGAGAAACUGCUAUCAAGCUUCAAGGGUCAACGCCACAAGAUCAGCUUUUGAUCCAAACCUCUGAUUCAUUUUCGGGUUUGCUUCUAUUUGCUAUUGGUUUCAUACUGUUAAUGGCGGCUUUUGUUAAAGACAGAGAGUUUCAAAGUUUCUUUGCUAAAGGGUGUGUCUUGCUUCACAUCGCCAUGGCCAUUUGGCGAGUUUACUUUGAGAGAAAACUUGAAGACCUCGCUCGUGAUUGGCCCAGGCAAGUUUUUGGAGAUAUUGCACUAGCCUUUUCAUGGAUUUUCCUUCUUGUUUACUCAUGGAGAGAAAAAUACGAUUAGUUGGGUAACUACAUUUUACUUGUUUACAAAGCAGAGGAUAUCAAUUUUGAGGAGGAAGGUACUCUUGAUUUUCAAUUCUUUAAUUUGGUUCCUCUACUUCUUGAUUAGAAAUGAAAAUAAAAAAUGGGAAAGCCUUUCUUUGAAGGAGUUUGUGCAAAACUUUAUGUUCAUUCUGAAAAAGUAUCUCUUGCUUUAUGCUACAACUUUUAGACCAGAUUUCAUUGAAGAAUAGAUCAAAUACAUUCUGGGUUAGUGUCUUUAUCUGAAUCUUGUAAAUCCUGUUGGAGCUGGGAUCUGAAAAAUGAAAGCAAGAUCUUGGGCUGCCAUGUUGGCUUAACCUGAAAAUAAGAAAAAUGGUUUGCAGCCAUUUCUGUUAGCUUAUCCUGAAUACCCUUCUUGUAAAUUUCCUCAGGCCAUAUGUCAAAUCAUGAGAUAUCUGUAACUUUCUAUUUCAUUACAUUUGUAGGACACUUGCUGCUUUGACUCAACAUCAUAUAUAAUAAAAAUGUAACUUUAUUUUCCAUGAUCAAAUGUCAUCUUUGUUUUGUUGAUUUAAAAA